AUGACCGAUAUCGCGUCCGAAGAUGGCGACGGGGCUACCCGAGAGCAGACAAGGACAAACGCAAGUCAAAGGAGGAGUUUUCGCGCCACCGAGUCACGCCCCGGGACCGCAAGGACCGGCAUGUCCUCAUCACGAGGAGCCUGGUCGCAAACAACACCUAUGAGGAAAGGCUUGCAAAGAGGUAGCAGUCUGAGCGGUAGUAUCAACAGUGGCCGCCCAGCCAGCUCCACCAGUCGAAGCCACGUCCCUUUAGCAUCCCAUGCUUUCUUCCAUCCUAUGAGUUCCCAAAAACUGCAGGCACAGCGAGGCGCAUCGCGCCCUACCACUGGUGUUCAGCGUCGAUCGAGUAUCGAAGAUGUACCGGACGAAGACCAAUCCCACGUCGCACCACAAGGUACCACUGCUUCGAGGCCUGUAGCUCGACUUGUGCGUCAUAUGACGGAUGAUGGCGACCUCCCACCACCUCCCUCUAGAGGCACCGAGGUUACGGAACCGUACGACCGUAUUACUGCGACAACGAGCCCAACCCGUGGCCAUUACCCUGCUGGCAGUCUCACUGAGAGCGUACGCCCGUUACAGCGUAAGAAAGCUGAAGAAAAGGGUCUUACUCUCGAUGUUGGUAAGACUAAAGCCUACGGGGUCGGCGGAAACCUACCAAGCCCUAUAAAAUCACCACGUUCUUUCAGGUCAAACCUUUUCUUGCCAGGUAAAAGCGAAUCUACGACCGCUCCCGCGAAUCGUAAUACGCAUGGUGCUGAGAAAUUGAGCUCUGGAGCAUCCUCCCCUCAAUUCACUCCUGCCACAACAGAUGCUCCGCCCUCUAGAACCAAGGCGAUUAAGGAGAAGACAUUGGGCCAUGGCUAUAACCACGAAUAUUUUGAGGGCAAUACUGUUUUUUGCAUUGGUGGUCGUCUCCAAAAUACGCGCCAUCGGCCUAUAAAUAUAGCGACUGGUUUCCUGGUUGUUCUACCGGCCAUCCUUUUCUUCGCGUUCUCCGCACCCUACUUGUGGCACCAUGUUUCGCCCGCUGUCCCUGUUUUCUUUGCCUAUUUUUUCUACAUAUGUAUCUCAUCCUUCUUGCAUGCGUCGGGUUCAGAUCCGGGGAUUCUACCGCGAAAUCUCCAUCAGUUUCCUCCCAUGGACGAGCACGAGGACCCUUUGCGUCUGGCACCCCCAACAAAUGCUUGGACGUUAAUCAAGUCGGCCGAGUCGACCACUGCGGCUAUGGAGGUUCCAACGAAAUAUUGCAAGACGUGUAAUCUUUGGCGUCCUCCACGGGCCCAUCACUGUCGCCUAUGCGACAACUGUAUCGAAACUCAGGAUCAUCAUUGCGUAUGGAUCAAUAACUGUGUGGGGAGACGUAAUUACCGAUAUUUUUUUACAUUUUUGACUACGGCCACCAUCCUCUCGGUCUACUUGAUUGCCGCAUCACUUGCCCAGGUUCUAGUAUUCUCGAACGAGGAACAUGUUUCGUUCGGGGUGGCUGUCAGCCAUUUCCGGGUUCCUUUCGCUAUGGUUAUCUAUGGAAUUUUAGGGUUUAUCUACCCGGCUGCCUUGAUGGGAUAUCAUCUCUUCCUAAUGGCUAGAGGGGAGACUACCAGGGAAUUCCUAAACUCGCAGAAAUUCUUGAAAAAGGAUCGAUAUCGGGCAUUCACGCAAGGAAGCAUGUGGAAGAACUGGGUAGUGGUGUUGUGUCGUCCGCGGCCACCGACCUAUUACCGUUUCAAGCACCGGUUUGAGGAGGGAGAUCAACGGUUCGGUGAGCGCCGGAGUCGGCAAAAGGGCAACGCUUUGGGAGGAGAUGGGCAGGAUAUGGAGAUGCAAAAUGUAGGGGUUUCUACUACAGGCUUUCAAGGACCGACGGCGUUACGCAACCUUACUGCUGGUACACGAUGA